AUGGACACGUCACGUGCAGAUGUGGCAGGCCCAACAGCGCAAGUUCAGCGCCACGCCAACCUGGCAUCGAUGUCCGCACCGCACACAGCAGCCGACAGUCACCCGGCAGUGUUGCCAGCUGAGCCUCUCAAACCCGCGCAGUCACCAGUGCUACGACAGCAACAUGGCCAGCAAGAGCAGCGGCAGCAUGAGCAACAACAAGAGCCAGAACAACAACAGCAGCGAAAGCAAAGGGAACAGCAGCAACAGGGACGCGGAGCGCAACAAUGGAGGCGACGAAGAGGAAGAACGAGAAGACGACGACAGCAGCAGCAGCAGCAGCAGCAGCAGCAGCAGCAGCAGCAGCAGCAGCAGCAGCGCCGCUUGGUGUCCAAUGAUGCCUGGUCGCCGUCCUUCAACGCCACCGCAUACCGGGAGCGAGCGCGGCACAUGUUCACGUUUGCGUACGACAACUACAUGCAACACGCCUUCCCGCAUGAUGAGCUGGACCCGAUCCACUGCCGCGGGCGCUCAGCAGACGCCGACCGCACCAACAUCAACAUCAACGACGUGCUGGGGAACUACAGCCUGACGCUGGUCGACACGCUCGACACGCUUGCCGUCAUGGGCAACAGCAGCGAGUUUUGGCGGGCAGCGCGUUUGGCCAUGGAUACCGUCUCCUUUGACCGUGACACCACCGUGCAGGUGUUUGAAGCAAACAUCCGCAUGCUUGGCGGGCUUCUCUCUGCGCACAUGCUGGCCACAACGCCUGCGUUUGGGCUGCACGACCCCAUGUACGAUGGCGAGCUGCUGCACAUGGCCCGCGACCUCGCCACCCGCCUGCUGCCGGCCUUUGACGUGACAGCGUCUGGCCUUCCCUUCCCCCGCGUCAACCUGCGCUCUGGUCUUCCGCGUGGGGCGUUUUGGCGAAAUGACACCAACACUGCCGCCGCAGGCUCCCUCCUACUUGAAUUCGGAGCGCUCAGCCGGCUGACGGGCGACCCCACGUUUGAGAGCGCCGCGCGCCGCGCCCUCCACGCCCUCUGGAGCUAUCGAAGCGAGCGCACCCUUCUGCUGGGAAACACAAUCGACGUGCACACGGGCCGGUGGAUCAACACCAUGUCGGGAUUUGGUGCUGGCGUUGACAGUUUCUUCGAAUACCUCCUCAAGGGGUCCAUCCUGUUCAAGGACGAAGGGCUGGCGUCGCUGUUUGAGACGGCGUUUGGAGCAGCACAGCACCGCACGCGCCUGCCCAAUCUCCCGCUGUACGGACAGGUGGACAUGUAUUCCGGUCGCCUUGUUGCGCCGUGGAUCGACAGCUUGCAGGCAUUCCUCCCAGCACUCAAGGUGCUGCGGGGCGACGUGCGCGGUGCAGUUGUUGACCACGAGGUCCUGCACGCCCUCUGGCGCCGCUUCCACGCCAUGCCCGAGCGAUACAACUUCCGCACCCGCCAGCCAGACGUUACCACAUAUCCGCUGCGGCCAGAGGCGGUGGAGUCCACGUACAUGCUCUACCGUGCAACCGGCAACACCUACUACCAGCGGGUUGGCGCAGAUAUGCUCGCAGACAUCGAACGAUACGCGCGUGUGCGGUGCGGAUAUGCGACGAUUCACGACGUGCGCGUGAUGUCGCACGAGGACCGCAUGGAGAGCUUCUUCCUCAGCGAAACACUCAAGUACUUGUUCCUGUUGUUUGAUGACGGCAACGUUCUACACUCCUCAGGAACCCCAGCAUAUGUGUUGACGACGGAAGGACACGUGUUUCCCAUCACCGCGGCCAUGCAACGCCUGCCCCGCGCCAGCACCAGCACACACAUGCACAACACAGCAGCAGGAGCAGGAGCAGGAGCAGUAAAACACGACAGCACUUGCGUUGCCGAUGACUGUGCGUGCGACGAUGCUUCUGGCGGUGACUGUGCUGGUGGUCGUGGUGGCAGCGGCGGAGACGGUGAUGGCGAUGAUGACGACGACUGGUGGGCGUGGGGUGUGCCGCAGCCGUCACUCUCUGGCGUCCGGCAUGGGAGCAGCAGGGCGCACCCGUUGCAUCUCAUUGCCAGCGACGCAAACGUAACGAGCAGCAGUGGUGGUGGUGGCCGUGAGGACAAUAGGGUGGUACAUGCAGGCAUGUGCGAAGCGCUGACGUGGCAAGAGCAAGUGGUGCAUCCCUUGCACCCGCACACGCUCGCCCUCAUCAAGCAGCUAGCAGGGCUCUGA